AUGUCCGGCUACGACCAGUACAACCAGGGCCACGGCCAGCAAGGUUACGGUCAGCAAGGUUAUGGCCAACAAGGUUACGGCCAGCAGCAAGGCUACGGUGGCCAACAAGGUUACGGUGGUCAGCAGGGUUACGACCAACAGCAACAGUACGGUCAGCCUCAGCAGGGUUACGGCCAGCAAGGCUAUGGCCAGCAGGGUGGUUCUUCCGAGUACUACGGCGGCCAGCAACACCAGCAGCAGGGCUACGGCCAGCAGCAGGGUGGUUCUUCCGAUUACUACGGCGGCCAGCACGAUCAGAACCGCCAGGGUGGCUAUGAGCAGCACCAGGGUGCCCCCGGUGAUGCCCAGGAGGGCGAGCGUGGUCUUGCCGGUGCCCUCGCCGGUGGUGCUGCCGGUGGUUUCGCCGGCCACAAGGUCAACCAUGGUUUCCUCGGAACAAUCGGUGGAGCCAUCAUUGGUAGCAUCGCUGAAGACGCCGUCAAGAAGCACCGCAACAAGGACGACCAGUCUCCUCCUCAGUACGGUGCCCCCCCUCCUGGCGGUCAGUAUGGCGGCCCUCCUUCCAACAAUGGCAGCGGCGGCUCCAUGAUGGAUCAGCUCGGUGGCUUCUUCAAGAAGUAG